CGAUUAGCGAAUUGCGUCAAACGCAGACCGCGUUUUAAAACAAUUGUACAACGUAUGAUUCCAUUUCAAAUUUGUAAUUUUAAAAUUAAGUUAAGUUCAACAAAUAUUAUCUGUCUAGCUGUGGCUGAGUCGGUCAAAUGGAUGACUGCAGAAUCAAGUACACUAAAGAGAGAACAGUGAGGCUGGUGACAACAGCAUCUGCACUCGCCAACAACUUGGUGGCCCUGGACGCGCACAAGUACGGCGUGGCCGCAUCCGUCGCGGUCGUCCACAACGGCUACGUCAACGUCAUCCCCGUGUACAACCCGGAGGAGAAGUCCCAGUACCUGCCGUGCAUCGUAGCCGGCACCACGCCCAGGAAGGUCACCGCGGAGGUGAUGCAGGUGUUGUGGGGCGUCUUGAAGGAACAGAAGGUCCUUGUGGUCGCCUCGACUCUCGGAGUGCAGGUGUACUUGAACGGCGACUUCAAGUCUUGCCGCUAUCACUACGCGUUGAGUCCCGCGAACGUCGGGGACGCAGCGUACUUUGUCAGAGGUCUUGCGAUCGUCGAUUGCCAAUUCCUGUGCGUAGGCAUGUCGGGCGGCUGCCUGUGCAUGCUGCAGCCCCGCGAGGGCGGGGCCGACCCCGGGCUGGAGCUCCUGGAGAGGAAGGCGGCCCACGGCACGGCCGUGACGUGCCUCGCCGGCUCCGACCGGGGCCUGCUCCUGGGGUCCGCAGACGAGACGGGGGCGGUGGUGCUCUGGGAGCUGGCGGGCCGGCGCCUGCACCGUCUGUUCGACGUCGACCACUCUGGCUCCGGGUUCCCGUGCACGGGCCUGAAGCUGUGGGGCGGCCUGGUGAUUGCCGCCUAUGGCUCCGGGCACGUCCGCACCUUCCGCGCCGACUCGGGCCGCUGUGUGUCCGAGGUGGCGGCCCACGCCCGCUGGGUCUCCGCGCUGGACGUCGCCACAGAGCGCGGCUACUUGCUGACCGUGGGCGAGGACUCCUUCGCCAAGGUCUGGCAGAUCGCUGGCUCCGGCAGCAAGAUAAGACACGUGUGGACGACACACGUGCCGGACAGCCUGCUGGUGGGCGGGGCCUUCCUCAACAAGUGCGGCUCGGUGUUCGGAGUCGCCGGCUACGACUCGGCCGACGUCCUCUGCUACGCCGCGGAGGAGCUGCCGGCCGGCCAAUGACGCGAGACCACAGCAGGGCCUUUGAAUAUAUACACUGUGUAGAAGUCGCGAGUGGAUAGGAUUUACUCUACGUUCUUCAGGAGCGUAUGAUGAGCAGCUUGGGAACUUCACCGCUGCAGUGUGAUUGCCGUAACGCCCUGUAUCCUCUUGGGUUGUUAUUUGCACGUUAGAGCGUAGCACUGUCACACCGCUGUCAUUCCCCCGCACCCCCAACCCAACAUUCACCGCAGCUCAAGGUCGUUCAACGGGAGUUUGUGCGUCACAAAACUGUAGGGAUGAGAGGUGGGGGUGGAGGACAAAGCGUGUUUGAGGGAGGGUAGGGGUGUUUGAAGAGUUCGACACAUGCCCGCCAGGGACCACCAUGAGUCAAUGCCCUAGAGAUGGUGGCGAUUGCGGCGGUGAAUCGACUAACUACCUCAAACCCGUAUUAGAAAUUUUAACCUGGGCUGGCGACUUCUGUACAGUAUAUAUAUUGAAAGGCAGGGCUGAGUAUGGGCAAACCUUACUAAUAUGUUCACGAAGCAACCGUGAUUUACGCUUUUUCUAUCGGGGUUUGUUUUAAUCUCCUAAUGAACAAGUUAGCUGAUGUGUAAAUAAUUCUAAUGACUUGUUCAAACAUCUUAAAUAAACUUCUAAAAAUUAUUUACUCAAAUUUAUGUUACAUACACCACAAUGAAAGCUUUUAUUGAUAAAAAUAAAACAAAUUUUAUUGUCCUUAUUCCAUCUUGAAAGGCAACACCACAGCACAGAGAGUUGUUCCUUGUGGUUUUAGUGCUGUAUUAUAUUCAGUGUGACCCCACUGCACUUGAGGCUUCUUUGUACGUACCUGAUUGUCCCCGAUAUCCCAGCAGUUUUGCCAGCAUUAGACUGAGCCUGCCUGUUUUUUUUAUAUGCAAAUCAAAUAUUUUUCUAAUCAAAUGUGAACAUGAAGUGAAACCUUUUUGAUCACACUUGU